GAUAACUAACUUGCAAAAAAUCUAAACAGUUUUCUUACCGGAAAAUUAACUAACUUUAUAAUCUUCACCAAAUUUAGCCUUAAUCCGUUAUUCCCUCUCUGAAUUUUCCCCGGGAAAAAAUUUACCAUCUCUCUCAAAGUUUCCUUUGGGUCAAUCAAUUUACCAUCGUGACAUCCAUGUUCUUCUGAAUAAUCAAUCUUUCACCAAAUCUGGAUUCAAAACGGAGACUUGUAAUUUCCCCGACAAAACAGAGAAAGUUAUGUUUUUUUUCUACAGAUGACGCACAUUUUGAUUCCGGUGACGAAGACAACCAAGGAAGACCGUUUUUGAUUCAAUCACAUUUACAAAAAUGGGUUUUCUGCAUUGUCUCUUCAGAUCUCGGACCUUCAAUGUUUUGAUCCUCGCUCUGUUUCUCACCAUUCAUAGUUUCUUCCUCGUCGAAUCACAAGAACCACCUCCGACUCCACAAUCUCCUCUGCCGCCGCCGCCACCUCCUCCUCCUCCACCGCCACCUGUCAAUGGGACCGUUGAACCAGGCAUUUCUCCACCGCCUCCUCCUCCAGUCAGAGAGACUAUCGAGCCUGUGUCUGCUCCACCACCACCGAGGUCGCAACCCCCUCCCCAAAAGAAUCAUUCACGGCGGUUUCCGCCUCCACCUCGGCCAUCGGAGAAACCAAAGAGAGGUGGAUUAAACAAAGGGAAGACUGUGGGACUAGUCUUUAUUGGGUUAGUUGCAAUGUUGCAGGUCUUUGUUGUUGUCUUCUUGUUUUACAAAAGAAAUCAGCUUCUCAACUUGAAAGACACUAAUUGAGAUUUCUAACUAUAUUCUGGAUUGACGUUAACUACUCUUUCGUUCAUUUGAGGUCAUCUAUUAGAGUGAUGAUUAGAAAGGAGAAUGUAUUAGGAGGACAAAAAAAAAGUGCAAUUGUUUCAACUCUCUCAUGUAAAAUUGUUUCAGAAAUCACAUGUGUUUGUUCUUUCCAAGAUUAAUCUGAUUCACCAAAUGGUUUUGUUCACUAUUUAUC